AUGAUCUCUGGAGUGGAUUAUGCAAUUGACCUGGAUAGAAAUCGAGCCAGGGAAGUCAAGAACAGUCUCAACCUUUUCACCCUUGUGACAUGUAUUUUUGUCGCACUGGAAGGGUUGAUCUUCCACUCCAAGAUGUUCACCGUAAGACAGGCGAUUCCUACGCGAGUUUAUCUGAAGAUAGUGGUCAUCUUUUUUAUUGUAAAUCUGUGUAAUAAUUAUGCUAUAAAAUGUGAUAUUUAUUUUCCACUGUUUAUCAUAUUCAAAUCGGGUUCCUUAUUGGCCAACAUCAUACUUGGAUUCACAUUACGGAAUCACUUUUACACCAGGAAACAAAUAUCAUCCGUCAUUGCUGUAACCUGUGGUAUUGUUAUAUUUACCCUGGCCAGCUAUGAUCCAACGGCGUAUCCGAAGUCAUCAGAAUCUGUUCGAUUCUUCUCGAUUCAGCCUUUUUUUAUUGGCAUUUUCCUCCUCACUGCUGCGCUGAUGCUUAGCGCGUAUCUAGGAGUUUGCCAAGAGGAUAUGUAUAGAACCUAUGGUAAACAUGCCAAAGAAUCCAUGUUCAUGGUGGUGAGUAUCAUCCUUACUCCCUCGUAA